AAUGCCUGCCAUGGCUGCCGCCGCACUCUCGCCGGAGCGUGUGCCGUCGUAGCACCUUCUCGUCGGCGCCGCGCCCGGAUCGCCGUAGUCCAGCCACACGGCACGGAUGCAGAGAGAGAUGAAGCGCCACGACGCGGGAACGCCGCGCGCGCGCCGCCGUGUGUGCGGCGCGCUUCUGCUUCACCUGCUGCUCCUGUCGGCGGCCUCGCUGCGCCUGCGCGGCGCGACCGCCGCUCCGGGAGAAGCGGAGGCGCUCCUCGCGUGGAAGGAUAGCCUGCCGCGCGCGGCAGCGGCGCUUGGCUCGUGGACGACGCCGUCGCCGCCGAACGUGAACGCGGCCGUCGCGGCGUGCGGGUGGCGCGGCGUGGCGUGCGACGCCUCCGGCAGCGUGGUGGGCGUCGACGUGGCCGGCGCGGGCAUCGCCGGCACGCUCGUAGCGCUCAACCUCUCGUCACUGCCCAGCCUCGCCAGCCUCAACCUUAGCCUCAACGCGCUCACGGGGGCGUUCCCGUCGAACGUGUCGUCGCCGCUGCUCAACCUGAGGUCCGUCGAUCUCUCCAGCAACAACUUGUCCGGCCCGAUCCCGGCGGCGCUGCCGGCGCUCAUGCCCAACCUCGAGCAUCUCAACCUUUCGUCCAACCAGUUCUCCGGCGAGAUACCGGAGUCCCUCGCAAAGCUGGCGAAGCUCCAGAGCGUCGUUCUUGGUUCCAACCUGCUUCACGGCGGCGUGCCUCCGGCGCUCGGCAAUAUCUCCGGACUGCGAACGCUCGAGCUCUCCAGUAACCCGUUGGGCGGCGCGAUCCCUGCCUCUCUCGGCAAGCUCCGAUCGCUGGAGCACAUCAACGUCAGCCUCGCCGGGCUGGAGUCCACCAUUCCCGACGAGCUCAGCCUCUGCGCCAACCUCACCGUCAUUGGCCUUGCCGGAAACAAGCUCACCGGCAAGCUGCCGCUGGCGCUGGCGAGGCUGACGAACGUUCGGGAGUUCAACGUCUCCAAGAACAUGCUCUCCGGCGAGGUCUUGCCGGACUACUUCACCGCCUGGACCAACCUCAAGGUGUUCCAGGCGGACGGCAACCGUUUCACCGGCGAGAUUCCCAAGGAGGUUGCCAUGGCGUCGAGGUUGGAGUUCCUCUCCUUGGCCACCAACAACCUCUCCGGCGCGAUCCCACCGGUGAUCGGAAUGCUGGCCAACCUCAAGCUGCUUGACCUCUCCGAGAACAAGUUCGCCGGCACGAUCCCCCGCACGAUCGGCAACCUCACGAACCUCGAGACGCUGCGGCUGUACACCAACAAGCUCACCGGCCGGCUGCCGGACGAGUUCGCGAACAUGACGGCGCUGCAGAAGCUGUCCAUUAGCACCAACAUGCUGGAGGGCGAGCUGCCGGCGGGGCUCGCCCGGUUGCCAAAUCUCGUCGGCCUCGUCGCCUUCAACAACCUCUUCUCCGGGACCAUCCCGCUCGAUUUCGGCCGGAACGGCCAGUUCGCCAUUAUCAGCAUGGCAAACAACCGCUUCUCCGGCGGGCUGCCUCGGGGCGUAUGCGCGAGCGCCGCCCGCCUCCAGUGGCUCGGCCUCGACGACAACCGCUUCUCCGGCACCGUGCCGGCUUGCUACCGCAGCUUGAAGAACCUGAUGCGCCUCCGGAUGGCAAGGAACCAGCUCGCCGGCGACGUGUCGGAGAUCCUCGGGUCGCACCCCGACCUGUACUACCUUGACCUGUCCGGCAACUCGUUUGACGGCGAGCUCCCCGAGCAAUGGGCGCAGUUCAAGAGCCUCUCCUUCCUCCACCUGGACGGCAACAAGAUCGCCGGCAAAAUUCCAGCCAGCUACGGCUCCAUGGCCUUGCAAGAUUUGGACCUCUCGUCGAACCGUCUCGCCGGCGCGAUCCCGCCGGAGCUCGGGAAGUUACCGUUGACCAAACUGAACCUGCGUCGCAACAUGCUGUCGGGGCGUAUCCCUCUAACACUGGGCAACGCCACGAAGAUGGAGAUGCUUGACUUGUCCGGGAAUGUGCUCGACGGCGGCGUUCCGGUGGAGCUGACGAAGCUGGCCAAGAUGUGGUAUCUCAACCUGAGCAGCAACAACCUCUCCGGCGAGGUGCCGGCUCUGCUCGGCAAGAUGAGGUCGCUGAUGGCGCUUGACCUCAGUGGGAACCCGGGGUUGUGUGGCCGCGACAUUGCCGGGCUGAGUUCUUGCAGCUCGAGCUCCACCGGCGGCGGCGACCAUCGGAAGAGGCUGAUACUUGCCGUCACGCUUGCCAUCGCCGCCGCGCUUGUUGUGUCCAUUGUCGUGGUGGCUUGCUUGGUGCGCCGUAAUGCGAGGCGAGCCGUCGUCGUAGAGAAGGCGGAGACGUCAGCGAGCAGCAGCUCGACGGCGACGAUGCAGGCUUCGAUAUGGAGCAAGGAGACGACGUUUUCCUUCGGCGACAUCCUGGCGGCGACGGAGCACUUCAACGACGCGUACUGCAUCGGCAAGGGAAGCUUCGGGACCGUGUACCGCGCCGACCUCGCCGGCGGCCGCUCCGUCGCCGUGAAGCGGCUGGACGCGUCGGAGACCGGUGACGCGUGCUGGGGCAUCAGCGAGAAGAGCUUCGAGAACGAGGUGAGGGCGCUGACGCGCGUCCGCCACCGCAACAUCGUCAAGCUCCACGGCUUCUGCGCCAUGGGCGGGUACAUGUACCUGGUGUACGAGCUCGCCGAGAGGGGCAGCCUCGGCAAGGUGCUGUACGGUGGACGCGACGGCGGCGGCAACAAGUUCGACUGGCCGGCGAGGCUGAGGGCGAUCAGGGGCCUCGCGCACGCGCUCGCCUACCUCCACCACGACUGCUCGCCGCCGAUGAUCCACCGCGACGUCUCCGUCAACAACGUCCUGCUCGACCCGGACUUCGAGCCGCGGGUGUCGGACUUCGGCACGGCGAGGUUCCUCGCCCCCGGCCGCUCCAACUGCACCAGCAUCGCCGGCUCCUACGGCUACAUGGCACCAGAGCUGGCGUACAUGAGGGUGACGACCAAGUGCGACGUGUACAGCUUCGGCGUCGUGGCAAUGGAGAUGCUGAUCGGCAAGUACCCCGGCGGGCUCAUCAGCUCCCUGGAGCAUUCGGCCGAGGGGCAAGGCGGCGAUGGCGAGUCGUCGUCGUCGCGGCGGAUGCUUCUCAAAGACGUGGUGGAUCAGAGGCUGGACACUCCGGCGGGGCAGGUUGCCGGUCAGGUCGUGUUCGCCUUCGUCGUGGCGCUGUCGUGCGUCCGGACGAGCCCCGACGCCCGGCCGACCAUGCGCGCCGUCGCGGAGGAGCUCGCCGCUCGCCGGCGACCGCUCCUGGACAGGCCGUUCGGCACGAUCAGGAUAGGCGACCUGACUAAUUCUCACAGAUGAGGAAAUAAAUCGUGUCGAAAUGUCGAUUCUUUGUGCUGAUGACAGUAGUGUUUUUUUCUAGUUUUUGUACAGUGAUAUUGUGAUAAGACAUGUAAAGCUUAAUGAAAUUACAAGCACAUUGUGAUAAGACAUUAUGGGCACGAACGUGCACUCACUGUUGGGCCAAAUCUGCACCAACUUAUGGGCUAA